AUGAAGAGUGUGCCUGCGAAGAUGACGAGGGCGAGAACGAACAGGCGGAACGGCGAUGAUGGUGCCACUUUGGAGGAUUGGGGAUCCUUGCCUUUUGUUCAUAUUGUAGCCAACUUCAUCUUCACGUACAACUCACAGCCGCCUCUCUUCCAUACAACCGCCUCAUUUUACGGCAGUCUCCUCCACACCAAUCUCACGCCAUCAGACAUAAUCACCACCAUGGCUGCCCCUCAAAUCCACACCUACCACUGCGCCUGCACCUCCCUCCUCCUCGCGACAACAACCCCCCUCCCCUCCCUCCCCCGCCGCGCCACCUCUCUCGACCACUCCACCAUCCUCCCCCUACACUCCGACGCCCACCCCCCCUCCUCCCUAACCCCCCACACAACGCUCCUCUCCAUGACGCCCGACCGCCGCACCACGACUAUCCGCCGCGAAGACGGCUUCGAGAAGCGCAUCCUCUGGCGAUGUGGGCGCUGCCGCGUUGUGGUGGGGUAUGAGCUCGACCCGUCGCAUUUUGAGGCUCCGACGACGGCUGGGGGUGGAGAGGUGCAGGGGGAGAGCAGUGUGCCCCGGGAGGACGGGGGGGUUCCGAGGGUGUUGUAUAUACUCCCAGGCUGGGUGCAGAGCACCGAGCACAUGGCAUCUGGGAAGAAAAUCAGCGAACAAGGCGCUGUGCUAGAAAGUGCACAGCUAGGUGUUACAGUGUGGGAAUAAGCAGUUGGGAUUUCCAUUAGUCGGUGUUACUGUAUUACGAGCAUUGCGGGCGUUAAAAACCAUGGAUUUGGGAUUCACAUAUCGAGCGGAUUACAGGAGCACA